AUGUCUGGGCUGAGCUCAUGGUGGGCGUCGUCCACAACGUCGCGUCGCCACGGUACAAUUACAGUGCGCGAGCUCUCGGCAGGCACAGAUGUGGACAAGUUGGGCUUCUGCGUGCCGUCGCUGCCCCCGCAGCCGGUGGUCGUGAAGCGCGUGGAGCCACAAACCUGGGCAGCGGCACAGGAGCUGCGUGCAGGAGAUGUUCUCAUACAGUUGAAUGACGUGCCGACUUGCGAGAUGACACGGCAGCAGUUCCUUGAGUCGAUGAAGACGCGUCCAUUGAGCUUCAAGUUCGUCGUGAAUCCGUUGCGAUCUUCUCGGCGUAGAAGCUUCAGCGCAGAAGAGAAAGAUUGCGAUAGCGAUGACGACGCUCCCAGCGAUACAUCGUUGCAUGUCGAGGAAGCCGACAGCGUCCAAAUGGAGGCACCAUCGGGGCUAUCUGCCGAAAAAUGCAGGCGGAGCGUUUCCGAUUGGUAUGCGGAAGAGGAGACUGCGCGCGAUGUUCGCAAGAAGAGCCUGACAAGUUGGUAUCUCGACGGUGAUCGAAUGCCAGAUACUGCCAGCCAGCUAACAGCCGUCCACCGGAUGUCUCUCACUGGUGACCCUGAGGAGCUCGUAUCAGACGCAUCAGGGGAGGCUGCUGAGCUGGGAAACAUGCUCCAGGCGGCUUUGUCCGAGGAUGAUCUUGGCGCACUACUCCGAGUCAUCGCCCGGGCGCAGUCUCAAGGCAUCAUUGCCGAUGUGUUGGAGGUGGCGCAAUUCAAAGCCCAGGAGCUGCAAAGCCGCCUUGCGGAAGCUGCCACACAGGCGGAAUUCUGA